AUCGUUUCCAGAAGCCGCAUUCCUCUGAGAAACACCAAUCCCUCUUGGAAACUCGGCAAAAUGGUUGCCCAACAUGGAGAAGAGCAUGAUAUCCCAGAUGAGCACAAGAUGCACCGUCCUGGUGCAUGGCUCCCGGCAGACCAUCGCAUCCACAGAGCGUGGCUGAAGGAGACAAUCAAGCGUGUCGACAAUAACGAGAAGAGGCUUGUGCCGGUGCUACAAGAAUUCAAGGAAUUCAUCGAAGGCGACACACGCAUCUACCUGCUCUUCAACUCUAUGUUUGAAGAGGUACCACUCAAGAGGCCAUACCGCAAUGACCCGACAGGCCACAAGCAAAUGCGCGAUUAUCCACAUAUGCUACAGGUCUUGAAUCACAUCUUGACGACAGCGCCGGAAUGGACAGAUGCCGCACAGAACGUGGGCAUGGUCGGAGUGCCGAUGAACGCAAUUUUCGACUGGCCCAUGGGGACCGCAAGUGGACAUGCUGCAUUCCUGGAUCCAGGCGUGAAUGCCAUGCUGAAGAAGGUGCUGAACGAGUGGGGCAAGUUCUUGCUGACCCCAAAAUCAGCAGAAGUGUUGGGCAGCGGCAAGAAUGGCUGGUUUGGUCCAACGGGUACGAAGGAUGUCAUGGAGGUCGCCAACAAGGCCUCGAAUACGUCGAUGACAUUCGAAGAGUUCUACCAAUGUGACCCGUCAGCAAAGCACCACGGCUACAAAUCGUGGGAUGAUUUCUUCACUCGCCAAUUCCGCCCAGAAGCUCGCCCUGUUGCGAGCCCAGAUGAUGACAAUGUCAUCGCCAAUGCCUGCGAGUCCAAGACCUACAACGUAUCCCGCAACGUCCAGCUCCGCAACAAGUUCUGGAUCAAAGGCCAGCCGUACUCCGUCCUGGACAUGCUCGCACAUGAUCCAUUGGCGCAGCAGUUUGGCGGCGGAACCAUCUACCAGGCUUUCCUCUCUGCGCUGAGCUACCACCGCUGGCACGCCCCGGUCUCCGGCAAGAUCGUGAAAGCCUUUGUUCAGGACGGAACCUUCUUCUCCGAGCCGUUAUUCGAAGGCCUCGGCGACCCCAACACGAAAGAGAUCGACCAAGGCGGGAUCAGCAACGGCCAGGGCUACAUCACGGCUCUCGCCACUCGCGCGAUCAUCUUCAUCGAAGCCGACAACCCAGCCAUUGGUCUGAUGGCGUUCAUUGGUGUGGGAAUGGACGAGGUUAGCACGUGUGAGAUCACGGUCAAGGAGGGCCAGCAUGUGAAGAAGGGAGAGCAGACAGGAAUGUUCCACUUCGGUGGUUCUUCGCAUUGCCUUCUAUUCAGAAAGGGAGUGAAGGUGGACGGAUUUCCCGAGCCUGGAAAAGACCACAACGUCCCGGUAAGAAGCAGGCUUGCGGUAGUAAGUCAGUAGAGGAGGGCUACUGCUCAAAAGGAGGGGUCAGAAUGUGUAGAGUCCCUUCGAUUUUCCCCCAAAAAAGUCUCUUCCUUGUCCUCUUCCUUGUCCUCUUCCGGUUUCUGAGCGCUGACUGGCCCCACAUCCUCGACUGUCCCCGCCCCUUCGACUGCCUCUAGACCUUUGCCCACCUCUGGAUCUUUGCACACCUCUGAGUCUUUCCCUCUGUCUGAUAUUUCGCCCGCCUCUGAGGGUUUGUCCGCCUCUGGGUUCCUGCCUGCCUCUGGAUUUCGGCCUGUCUCUGGGUCGCUGACUGACUCUGAAUCUUUGACUAUCUCCUGGUCUUUGACUGCCUUCGGAUCUUUGAUUGUCUCCGAGUCUUCGAUAGCCUCUUGAUCUCUGGAUCGGUGGAUGAACCCGCACGUUUGCCCUUUCGCCACUCCUCCACUGUGCCUCCCAUGGCGAUAAACU